CUCUCCAUGAACUGUGUCUGUAUGUCGCGUGCCGUCAAGUCGCUAAGUUUUGACUCAUGGCGGCUCUUGGUUUCCAUAUCCUCCUAAACGUCCUUGCUCAGGUCAGGGCGGUCAACACAUCUCAUGUUGGGGCUUCCUCUUUUCCUACAUGCAAAAGAAAUUCCUAUCCAAGGUGUAUAUAGUCAAGCCACAGAGAUAGGAAAGCGGUUUUUUUUAAAAAAAAAAAUGCCCGGAAGUCUUUGCAGUCCUCAUUGGCACUUUCAGCAUUAGAUGGAGCUGGAUGCCGAUUGAAUUCCCAGUACUAAGGCAGUUCAAUCCCCCCUCCCGCCAUCUUCAUCAAAGAUAAAAUGUCUAUUUAGAGAAGCACUGCCAAUAGCGUUUCUGAAAGGAAAACCGGCAGUUCAGGCUCUGUACAGCUCUCGUGCCUCCACCCCCUGCCCCAAAUAUGUGAGAUGGCCACAUUAUCCCACGUGUAUGACACAUAGCGAGCCCCUCUGCUUCGCUCAGCCGACUUGGUGGAACUGUUAUGAGUCAGGCGCGAAGGUGGUUGUCCUGCGGAGGUCCUCACUGAAGCGUCGCGGGGACUUGUGGAUUCUCCUCUAUUACAUUCUUGGCAUCAUGGGUAAGUGUCGUGGGCUUCGUACUGCCAGGAAGCUGCGCAGUCACCGCCGGGAUCAGAAGUGGCAUGAUAAGCAGUAUAAGAAGGCUCACCUGGGUACUGCUCUGAAGGCCAACCCCUUUGGAGGAGCUUCCCAUGCCAAAGGAAUUGUCCUGGAAAAAGUUGGUGUGGAGGCCAAGCAGCCAAAUUCAGCCAUCAGGAAGUGUGUCAGAGUCCAGCUCAUCAAGAAUGGCAAGAAAAUAACAGCCUUUGUUCCUAAUGAUGGUUGUUUGAACUUCAUUGAGGAAAAUGAUGAAGUCCUAGUAGCUGGUUUUGGUCGGAAGGGUCAUGCUGUUGGUGACAUCCCAGGAGUUCGCUUCAAAGUUGUCAAAGUCGCCAAUGUUUCUCUUUUAGCUUUGUACAAAGGCAAGAAAGAGAGACCACGAUCAUAAUUCCUGUGAUGCUGCUUUGAUCUGUAAUAAACAUCUUGGUUUAA